UUGACGCGUCGUGGCAGGCGGAGGACGUUAGGAGACGGAGGUAAGACCAACCGGGACAGCCGCAUCUCUUCUCAUCCCUCUUUAUUCUCACUCCACCGAUUGCGCACCGGUGAACUACUUUUCGGGACCUCAGAGACACGACCAGCUGAAGCCGAGCGCAGCAUUCAGGUCAGCCCCACCUCAUGCGUGGGCUCAGUCGACGCCGGAGUGGAAACGGGUCUGACAAACAUGGGUGUGCUCCAGCUCAACAACCCCACUCACUCCUGCACGCUCCUGCAGCGAGCCAAUCAGAUGCGCCUGACCGGCACCCUGUGCGACGUGAUCAUCACGGUGGACGGCCAGGAGUUCCCGGCGCACCGCACCGUCCUGGCCUGCACCAGCAAGAUGUUUGAGAUCCUCUUCCACCGCAGCAGCCUGCGCUACGCCCUGGACUUCCUGUCCCCCAAGACCUUCCAGCAGAUCCUCGAGUACGCCUACACCGCCUCGCUGCAGGCCGCCGCCGAGGACCUGGACGACCUGCUGUACGCCGCCGAGAUCCUGGAGAUCGAGUACCUGGAGGAGCAGUGCCUGAAGGUGCUGGAGACCAUCCAGGCGGAGGAGAGCGAGGAGGCGGCGGUGAGGAGCCAGGGCCCCGGGGACCACGGCGACCACGGCCGGGCCCGCCACUGGAGGCACAUGCUGAUGUCCAAGAAGCAUUCCGCGCAGGCCGGAGCCAACCGCUCGGCCCCCAGCGCCCUGCACCACCUGGCUCUGUACCACGUGACGGACAGGAGCUCGCCCGGCCCCGAGCCGGACCCCAAGAUGGACGCCGAGGCCGACGCGGAGAGCUCCCGGCACCCCGGCGCCAACGCCUCCGGGGACCCGGCCCCGAACCUGGCCAGGAGCAUCAAGUCGGAGCGCAUGCAGGUGGACGACGGCGACGGCUACGAGGGCCGCUCGUCCAGCGCCGGGGAGGGCAGCUGCGCGUCCGAGCAGCUGCGGGACGAGGGCCCGGGCACGCCGCUGAGGGGCAGCGUGAUCACCAGCGCCCGGGAGCUGAGCACGGGCCCCGAGGACGCGGGGCCGGCGGCGGGGAGCGCCCUGGACUGCUUCCCCGGGAUCGCCGACAAACACCUGGCCUCGCUCUACUCGGCGGCCUCCAACCACGCCGGGGAGGGCCUGCCGGGGGCGGUGUCGGUGACCCCCUCCCUGAGCGUGCCCCUGGACCCCAGGGCCUACGGCGGCCUGCUGCACCAAGGCCUGCUGCACAGGGAGCUCCUGAGCAGGCUGGGCCAGUUCGCAGCUGGGAUCAAGCACGAGGGCCAGACUCAAGGCCAGCUGUGUUGUGGCGAGUGCGGCCUUCAGCUGCACAGCAGGCCGGCCCUAGAGCAGCACAGGAGGCUGCAUAACGAAGAGAAGGGCAACGGCUGUGAAUACUGUGGCAAACACUUCCAGGACAGCAUGCGUCUCAGGAUGCACAUGCUGUCUCACACAGAGUCUGGCAGCUCGCCAGCUCUGCCCCUUCUGAGUGAUGACAUCAUCAGCUGCCGGCAGGCCUGGGUGUUCUGCCAGUGUUCCGAAGCGUCUCCUGCAGAGGCGCUGGUGUGCGAUCAGUGUGGCGCGACGUUCUCCUCAGAGGAUGCUCUGGAGGCCCACAGGCAAACACACACAGGGACUGACAUGGCGGUGUUCUGUCUGCUGUGUGCGAAGCGCUUCCAGACCCAGAAGGCCCUGCAGCAGCACAUGGAGGUCCACGCGGGGAUGCACAGCUACAUCUGCAGCCACUGCGAGCGCCCCUUCCCGAGCCACACCACCCUCAAAAGACACUUGCGCUCGCACACGGGCGAUCACCCGUUCGAGUGCGAGUUCUGCGGGAGCUGUUUCAGAGACGACGGCACGCUGAGGGGCCACAAACGCAUCCACACCGGGGAGAAGCCUUACGAGUGCAACGGCUGCGGGAAGAGGUUCAGCCUCAAACACCAGCUGGAGACGCAUUACCGCGUCCACACAGGUGAGAAGCCAUUUGAGUGUAAGCUGUGCCACCAACGGUCCAGAGACUACUCGGCGAUGAUCAAGCACCUGCGCACGCACAACGGCGCGUCUCCGUACCAGUGCACCAUCUGCCAGGACUUCUGCCCCAGUCUGGCGGCCAUGCAGAAGCACAUGAAGGGCCACAAGCCCGAGGAGGUGCCCGCCGACUGGAGGAUAGAAAAGACUUACCUGUACGUCUGUUACGUCUGAGCAGGCCUUGGACACGCUGUCAGGUUAAAGCAGUGACUUCCAUGUUGCUGAUUUUAAUGCUGAGGUUCCUGUAGGGGUAUUAAAAAAAAACUAAUUCAUGUUGAAUAAAGUGGACACUCUAGGAGAUACCAAGGCUUUUACUCAACAAUGAGACAUGAGGGCUUCAACCGAUUAGUUUCAUUAUCAGAUCACGUUUCCUCUGAAGAAUGUUCCGAAAGUCCGCUCAUUUUUGCGAGGACAUCUUCAAAUGAGUAACACUGUCUGACAAACAGUCCUCCCCCCCCCAAAAGAGAAUGAUCAGCAAUUCUCAAAAAAAUUCAAAUUCUCACAUUUUAAAGAGAAGAUGGCGUCACUUUUCCAACCCAUAAAAGCUCAAUCGAUUAUCAGAGUCUACUGAUAUUUUCCGGUGACUGUUAUAGCCAAAAGAUGAUGAUCCACUCUGGUGGGAAUCCAAACCCCAGUGGAAGUGACCGGCGACCUGCAUGUGCUUCAGGAGCGUUUUUGACUGAAGCAUCAGCCAAACCGAGUCAUCUUCUAAAGAUUGUGCAGCAUCACGUUGAAAAUAAUUCCACAAAGGUUCGAUUGGCUGACCUUUGCCACCCUUCGCUCCUAAUUUCCCGAGACGUCUAAAAAAAAUGUCCGUUUUCCUGCUGUUGGGUUUUUUUCUUUUGGAGUUGUUUAUUUUUUUGCAUGUUUUACUUGAAUGGCUGACCUCAUGAGCUUGAUCUCUUUAAUUGCCUCGUCUCUCUUGCGGUGGGUGUUUUUUUUGUUUUCGAGGUAGCUCGCUCACAUUUUGAGUUGCUCUCGUAAUAGGUCUUGCUAUUUAUAUGUUGUUUAUUUGUUACCAAAUAUGUGCUGGUUUUCAUCACACAGUCUGUGUCUCUUGGGAUGUUUUUCUAGUAGAGCGAGCUCUACCUCUUCCCACAUCUCACUGUUUGAACUCCACUGCAAAUUUUUCAUCCAUCGGUAGGUUUAAUUUAGUCACAAACAUCACAAUUUACAUGGUCAAACAGUGUUUAAAAAAAAAAGAAAAAAUAUGUGACAAGCCUCAACACGGCUUUUAAGUGUAGUUUUUUUAACCACUGCUUCUAUAUAGAUGUCUUAUAAAAAUCACAGAAUCAGAAUUUUCUAGGAAAAAAAGAACAACAAGAAAAGAAGUUGUUUUUUUUAACGAAAUAUUGAGAGAAAAUUCUGACAUUGAAUUACUAUGAGCAGGUUAUUGUCAGUUGUAGUGUAGCUGUAACGUACAAACUGUCAUGGUCUGUGAUUCCCAUAUGUGAGCCUGACACAGGCCUUAUAGAUUUAAACAUGUUGUAUUUUUGUAUUACGGUAAUUUGCUAUCUGUUUACAUUUGGUAUGAUUUGAGAAACAUCUUUGUGUGUGUUUUAUAAGUCUGAUUUGAUUAUGAUCCCUCCCUUGUGCCUCUUUUAUAAGUAGAGCAUUGAUGUGCUUGAGUACAUGGGUCUGUGAUAUUGGUAGGUGUUUCUGGGUGUUUGUUUAUUGUUACUUAAAGAUAGACCGCCAUGUAGAUUCAUUUUGUCUGAACAUUGCAACUGGAAGCAACAUACUGUGAUCGUGGCUGAUAAUCUGAUGCAAUUUCCAAGCAAUUUUAAUGUAAUAAGUACACGCUUGUCUAAAGUUGUUCAGUGGACUGACAUCGUUGGAUGAAAAUGGUGUGUAUAGAAAAUAUUGGCGUCAGAGGGCAUUAGUAAUGCCGUCUUAAGUAGCCAACAACACUCAGUGCCAUGAGAACACGCAUUCACUGUAUCUAUUCUACAUGAACAUGCACUAUAAAUGGAUUUCCUCGGUGGACCAAAAGAAAUAGAGCACUUUUGUUUGAAAAGGGGUUUUUUCUUUGAUCUUUGUAUGUCGUGAUAAUGCAGCUGUCUUUUAUUUGAUGUGUCCUAGAAGGAUGUGAUUAGCAUUGUUUAGAUUAUGUCACUGUCUGUCUACCUCAGGGCCAGAUCAAAGCUCGACCUGGUGUCCAAUCAGGGUUGUUCUUCUUGCCAUGUGUGCAGUAAAAUCCCUCUUCAUUACAGCUUUGUAACACAGUGCGUGAAAGUGUUUUUCUCAGUGUGGAUUCAGGCACAACUCUGUAUGCGUCAGUGUUCAGUGGCAUGGUUAAAAAAAGAAUAAAACAAUUUACUAUUUUAUGCA